AUGGAUGCUUACGAUGCUCGAUGGAACGAUUUGUGGGCGAAGCUUCUUGCAACAUUUCAAUCAGAAACUGGGCAUCCUCCACCCGAGCAGCUAGAGGAAUGUGAGGUCGACAUAUUGCAGCGGUUGUUGCGUGCGGAGCUGGGUGUGACGGUUGUCAAGAAAUUGAAGCGCAACCUCCCAAAAGCAAAACGUACAUUGCAGGCCACGGCCCGAAGACUGCAGGCAGUCGCCACACGGUUGUGGUCAGCAGCCGAUGCCGAAGAUGCAGUGCGGGAGGUGGAGGUGUUGGAGCGCAAUGGGGAUUGGCAUGGUGCCCGCGAGGCCUAUGCCAAAGUCUUGGUGCUCAGUCCAAGCCGGUUCACGGAUCUGGCGGUUCGGUUUGCUCAGUUGUUGCACAUAAUGGCCACAUCGAGUGACGGUGAUCCGGAUGCGUGCGAGCAAGUGUUGCGUCAGGCCCUUGCGGGCGAAGCUGCGACAAACGAGCGCGCAAUUUUAGCCAGACUUGCCGUAUUUUUGCUCCAGGAUGGACGCGAGGAGGAGGCCCUGCCGCUGCUGCAAUCUGCCGGUUACCAAUACAGGCUAGCAUCCUGGAUUUGGCGAUGCUCCUCUGCACAGCUUUCCGUCGACACUGCAGGGUUUCCCGGUUGUGUUUUUGACAACGCAUUACUGCCGAGCUUGUUCCAGCGUUUGCAGCAAUUUCUCGCGCCGGACUCCCGGUUCUGGAGUGAGCAUGGUUACAACGAGGUGACGGGAAGUGGGGAAAAUGGAUAUUUCAGCUACAUUCAGACUCUGACUGGGCAAGAGCAGAACGCUCUAGAUGCCAUCAUCCGGCACGUCUGGGAGUUCCUAAAGAAAGGAGGCUACUUCCCCCGAUUGUCGGAGGCCAAGGUUGCAGAAUGGUGGGCCCACAAGCGACCACAUGCUUGUGGUCAUCAGAUGCAUUACGACAGUGACAACGAAGGCAUUGGUGGGGUGCGCAACCCCAUUUGUAGUUGCGUGCUGUACGUGAUGGCGCCACGCGGCAUCGGUGGACCGACGCUUGUAACGGAUCAGGUGCUUGCCAGCGGGUCUCUAGGAAGAAGGGGCUGGUUCGUGCAUCCGAACGAGGGUCGAUUGGCGGCCUACGAUGGCAGAUAUUUCCAUGGCGUGGUUCCAGGUUGCGGUGUAGCUCCCUGUUCGGAAGAGCCACUGCGGCGAAUUACUUUCAUGAUCGCAUUUUGGCCUGAGAUUGAAUUGCGUCCUUUCGGAGCAGAUGGCCUUGCGGGAAGCAGCCGCCCUGCACCUGAUCCUUCGCAUUUUUUGGAGAUCGGUGAGCGGAGAUACACCUGGCAUCAAGCUUUGUCUUUGCCUUCGAUGGCUGCCGAGGCUGCCGGGAAUCUGAACCCUGCACCUGCACCCUCGGAAGUUCUGUUGCCCAGCAACGCACCGGUCUGGGUCACAUUGGACGGUGACCCAAUGCCGGACGAAGCGGGGUUGCCUGACAUUGGCGCAUGCUUCCAGUUCUGA